AUGUCACUCUACAUAUGGAUCGCAGCCCUGGUUAUAGGCGUGUACUUGUACUUCAGACAGGUUUACUCAAGAUUCAGCAAAUAUAGCAUCAAGCACUUGAAGCCCGUACCCCCGAUGGGGAACAUGAGUCCUAUCUUAUUCAGAAAAAAGCAUUUUAUUUAUGUGAUCGAUGAACUAUAUAACAAUAUGAAAGCAAAUAAAGAACAAAGAAACAAACGAUUUUCCUUUGCAGAUGGUUACAUAGACAUCGAAGUCAAAGACCUAUCAACCCACUACGCUAAUGAUGUGAUAGCGUCCAGUGCCUUCGGCCUAAGUGUCGAUUCCUACGCGGAGCCCAAUAAUGAGUUUCAGAGAAUGGGACAUACGAUUACUAACUUUGGCUUUGAAACCGUACUAAAGUUUUUCGGUUUUGCCUCAGUUCCUUUUCUUAUGAAGCUGAUGAGGAUGAACCUGUUCUCGGCUGAUGUGACUAACUUCUUCAAGCACCUGGUACUCAGCACGAUGAAGGAUCGUGAAGCGCACAAUAUUCUGCGACCAGACAUGAUACAUUUACUUAUGGAGGCGAAGAAAGGUCGACUUACUCACGAAGAUCUUACCAAAGAUGCUGAUGCUGGUUUUGCGACAGUAGAAGAAUCUAAUGUCGGCAAAAAGAAAAAUAAUACAGCUUGGACAGACGAAGAUCUAGUCGCACAAGCAAUAAUUUUUUUCGUCGCCGGUUUUGAGACUGUCUCUUCAGCCAUGACUUUCCUCCUUUACGAGCUGGCUCUCAACCCUGAGGUCCAGGAUAAGUUGGCAGAGGAAGUAAGAGAACAUGAGAAGAGAAGUGGCGGAAAAUUUGAUUACAACUCCAUUCAGAACAUGGUUUAUUUGGAUAUGGUCGUCUCAGAAUCAUUACGACUUUGGCCCCCGGUUGUUGCAACAGACAGAAUUUGUACAAAGGACUACAAUUUGGGCAAACCCAACGAUAAAGCUGCUCAAGACUUUAUUUUGAAAAAAGGUGAAGUCAUCAACAUACCAGUAGCGGCGAUACAUCACGAUCCGAAAUACUUUCCAAACCCCAAGAAGUUUGAGCCUGAGCGCUUCUCUGAGGAGAACAAGUAUACGAUCCAGCCGUUCACUUAUUUGCCUUUUGGUUUAGGCCCCAGAAACUGUAUUGGGUCCCGGUUCGCUCUCUGCGAAGUGAAGGUGAUGGUGUACCAACUCGUCCGGCGCUAUGAACUGAUGCCGUGUGAGAAGACAAUCAUCCCCCCUGUGCUGGCCUCGGAUACUUUCAACAUGAGGAUCAAGGGUGGACAUUGGUUGAGGCUCAAACCGAGGGUUUAAGAUAAAUGU